UUGGGUCGUACUACUACAACUACUUUGACUACUGGGGUAAAGGCACCCAAGUCACCGUUGCCACACCAAGGGCACCAACCUUCCUCUUGGGUCUAAUGGCACGGGGGUCUGAAGGAUCCAAUCACCUGACCCUGGCCUGCAUCGCCCGCGCCUUUUCGCCUGCUGCUUCCGUGACCUUCCAGUGGAAGAACACCUGCGGAAUGGCCGUGACUGAGUUCACUCAGUACCCACCAGUGCAGAUCAAUGGGUUUUACACAAGCAUCAGUCAUGUCAAUGUAAAAGCGGCAGAGUGGGAGUCCUACAGUUGCUCCGUGAAUCAUUUGUUACUGUCUGAGAAGAUGGAAGUGAGUUUCCAGAAACCAGACCAGUCCUAUCUGGAGGUGACCCUGAAUCCCCCAAAGAUGAGAGAAUUGUUUGUAGAUAACCAGGCUGUGCUGGACUGCGUUAUCACUGGGGAAGAGAGGGCAGCAGUGGAGGGAGCCAGCGUUACCUGGACACCGAGCGGAAAGAGCAAAGAGAGUCAGAUCACUCCGCACGGACAUCUGUUCAGGAAGACCAGCACUCUGACUCUGGUACGAGAACGCUGGUUCACCGAGCAAAAUGUUGAGUGCUCUGUCCAACAGAAGAACAGCAAAAAGCCGGACAUCAAAAAAUCUUUCAGCCGGAAAAACAGCGGAUCAAAAGUUCCCAAGGUGGUUAUAAACACACCCUCAGAAGAAGAAGACAGUGAGUUUGUCUCCCUGGUCUGUGUAGUGACAGGCUUCUCUCCCCGGGACGUGUUCGUCAUGUGGACAGUGGAUGGAUCCUAUGAAGAGGGCAUCACCAGUGAGCCUGUGGAGAGCAAAACUGGCACCUACUCUGUCACAAGUUUUUUAGAAGUCCUGACAGCGAAGUGGAAGUCCCGGUCCAAAGUUGACUGCAAUGUGAAGCAUGUUUCUGUGGCCAAUGGAGCAGUCGCUAUCACAAAAUCUGUGUCCAGAGCAACUGACCCACCCUGUCUGGAGGUGACCCUGAAUCCCCCAAAGGUGAGAGAAUUGUUUGUAGAUAACCAGGCUGUGCUGGACUGCGUCAUCACUGGGGAAGAGAGGGCAGCAGUGGAGGGAGCCAGCGUUACCUGGACACCGAGGGGAACAGGCACCUCGAUCAAAGAGAGUCAGACCACUCCGCACGGACAUGUGUUCAGGAAGACCAGCACUCUGACUUUGGGACAGGAACGCUGGUUCACCGAGCAAAAUGUUCAGUGCUCUGUCCAACAGAAGAACAGCGAAAAGCCGGCCAUCAAAAAGUCUUUCAGCCGGAACACCAGCGGGUCAAAAGCUCCCAAGGUGGUUAUAAACACACCCUCAGAAGAGGAUGGCAGUGAGUUUGUCUCCCUGGUCUGUGUAGUGACAGGCUUCUCUCCCUGGGACGUGUCCGUCAUGUGGACAGUGGAUGAUGGAUCCUAUGAAGAGGGCGUCACCAGUGAGCCUGUGGAGAGCAACCAUGGCACCUUCUCUGUCACAAGUUUUUUAGAAGUCCCGACAGCGAAGUGGAAGUCCCGGUCCAAAGUCGCCUGCAAUGUGAAGCAUGUUUCUGUGGCCAAUGGAGCAGUCGCUAUCACAAAAUCUGUGUCCAGAGCAGCUGACCCACCCUGUCUGGAGGUGACCCUGAAUCCCCCAAAGGCGAGAGAAUUGUUUGUAGAUAACCAGGCUGUGCUGGACUGCGUCAUCACUGGGGAAGAGAGGGCAGCAGUGGAGGGAGCCAGCGUUACCUGGACACCGAGUGGAACAGGCACCUCAAGCAACGAGAGUCAGAUCACUGAGCAUGGACAUGUGUUCAGGAAGACCAGCACUCUGAUUCUGGGACAGGAACGCUGGUUCACCGAGCAAAAUGUUCAGUGCUCUGUCCAACAGAAGAACAGUGAAAAGCCGGCCAUCAAAAAGUCUUUCAGCCGGAACACCAGCGUGUCAAAAGUUCCCGAGGUGGUUAUAUACACAACCUCAGAAGAAGAAGACAGUGAGUUUGUCUCCUUGGUCUGUGUAGUGACAGGCUUCUCUCCCUGGGAUGUGUUCGUCAUGUGGACAGUGGGUAAUGAAACCUCCUAUAAAGAGGGCAUCACCAGUGAGCCUGUGGAGAGCAAACAUGGCACCUUCUCUGUCACAAGUUUUUUAGAAGUCCCGACAGCAAAGUGGAAGUCCCGGUCCAAAGUCGCCUGCAAUGUGAAGCAUGUUUCUGUGGCCAAUGGAGCAGUCGCUAUCACAAAAUCUGUGUCCAGAGCAACUGACCCACCCUGUCUGGAGGUGACCCUGAAUCCCCCAAAGGCGAGAGAAUUGUUUGUAGAUAACCAGGCUGUGCUGGACUGCGUCAUCAAUGGGGAAGAGAGGGCAGCAGUGGAGGGAGCCAGCGUUACCUGGACACCGAGUGGAACAGGCACCUCAAGCAACGAGAGUCAGAUCACUGAGCAUGGACAUGUGUUCAGGAAGACCAGCACUCUGACUCUGGGACAGGAACGCUGGUUCACAGAGCAAAAUGUUCAGUGCUCUGUCCAACAGAAGAACAGCGAAAAGCCGGCCAUCAAAAAAUCUUUCAGCCUGAACACCAGCGGGUCAAAAGUGCCCGAGGUGGUUAUAUACACAACCUCAGAAGAAGAAGACAGUGAGUUUGUCUCCCUGGUCUGUGUAGUGACAGGCUUCUCUCCCCGGGAUGUGUUCGUCAUGUGGAGAGUGGAUGAUGGAUCCUAUGAAGAGGGCAUCACCAGUGAGCCUGUGGAGAGCAAAAACGACGGCUUCUCUGUCACAAGUUUUUUCAAUGUCUCGACAGCGGAGUGGAAGUCCCAGUCCAAAGUCGCCUGCAAUGUGAAGCACGUUUCUGUGGACAAUGGAGCAGCACCUCUCACAAAAUCUGUGUCCAGAGCAACUGAAACAGUAUCAGCUCUGAAUUGUAAUGAGGAAGAUGAGGAAGAAGAUGAGCUUGGCAGUCUGUGGUCCACCACCUCCUCCUUCAUCACCCUCUUCCUAUGCACUCUCAUCUACAGCACCCUCCUCAGUUUGAUCAAGAUGAAGCAGUGAUGUACUGUACAGUGCAACACAUGGAAGAUGGGGUGAAAGCUUAUUUUUUGAAUGUAUUGAUAGUUCCAUGUCAAGAGUGUGUGGUAUAGAAGAUUGUGUCAUGUUUUCUUGAGUUGAAUCUCUCUGUUUUUUCCAUUACUCCACUGUGCCUAUGUUUAGAUUUCUUUCAUUACGUAAUGAGUGAAAUGUCUGUAUAAAUCUUGUUUAUACCAGUGUUUUCUAUGGACAUCAGACCACAUUGCAGUACAUAAUUGGCUGCAGUUUAGUCCUAGGAGGAAAGGUUUUAGUUGGCAGUCCUGUACUCAACCCACUAAGCAAAAAAGAAGCACAGCUCUGGUGGAUCCCGCCUGCAAAUUUCUCCGCUACACCCAUGACUGGAACUCCAGCGCUGCUACUGUUGGAGCCGGCCUGUGUCAGCUGCACAUGAAGUGCACUCUUCUGUCCCACUGAGAGCUGAGCUGCUCUAGGGCCACAGA